UGUUUUUUUUUUCUUUUAAAAAAUUUGAGUUUAAAGUCAAGAUUUGAAUUAGUUAAAGAGUUUGUUGUUUUAGUUAAUAUAUACAACGUUAUAAAAACAAUAUAAAUAAAUUAGAUCAUUUCAUAUUUUUGUGAUAAAUUACUCCCCAUUCCCCACCACCGCACCAGCCCCAUGUUUCUUGUAACUUGUCAGUUCUGCAAUGAUCCCUCCCGGGCCCCGACCAUAAUAGGCCCAGUGGCCCACAUCACAAAAAUUCAUUAUUCUUACGUUUAUCAUUUAUAACAUGAAUCAUCAUAAACACUUGUGCUAUGUGUAUAUCUCCCUUUAGUUUCUUAAUUAAAUAGUUAUUAGAAUCUUCAUAAUUAGAGCCGGGAUUUUGGUUUACAUAUAUAAAUCAUUAACUUGUGGAGAUCUUCUGACUGUAUAACUACUAUUUAACAAAUCCCAUCAGUUACUAUCGUGACGGGUUUCUGGAAUUGCUCGGAUAUUGGGAAUUUUAUAGUUUCGUUUAUGGUUCUGCUGCAAUUUUUGAACGUUGAAAAUCAAAAACCCAUGGAAGGAAGAACUCCUGCUUCUGGUUUUAGCACCAUUGUAGAUCAAGCAAGUUUGUUUUCAGUUUUUGGAGGCAUUAUCAUGUGUAAAGUUGCUUAUGAUUUGACGGGUGUAAUUAGUCCCUUGGUCUUCAAAGGUUUUAACAAACUCGAAAGUGUGCAGAAAUUCGAAUGGAAAAAUCGGGGCAUCUCGACCUUCCAUGCACUUUUUGUGGCCAUUGCUUCUUAUUACUUUUUGGUCGUUUCAAAUCUUUUUGAUGAGCAUGAUCAACAGGAGUUCAUCGUCUAUCGAUCAUCUGCAUCAUCUAACACUAUACUUGCGAUGUCCCUCGGUUACUUUUUGUCAGAUUUGGCGAUGAUUAUAUGGAUGUAUCCGACUUUAGGUGGUCCAGAAUACGUAUUUCACCAUGGACUCUCUAUGUUCGGUAUCAUUCAAUCCCUUAUAUGCGGCCAAGCUCAGUUUUACAACUUUAUUGUUCUUUUCUCGGAGAUCACAACACCAUUUGUUAACAUAAGAUGGUAUCUUGAUGUUGCCGGGAAGAAGAACUCCAUGUUUUACUUGUUGAACGGCGUUGCAGUGUUUGUAGGGUGGUUGGCUGCGAGGGUCAUCUUGUUCAUCUUCUUUUUCCACCACAUGUUUACACAUUUUGAUCAGGUGAAUUGAUGCAACCAUAGUUGAUUUGGAAGCUGGAGCAACCUUAGGCUUGCUAACGAUCCCGUCGGUAUUGACGAUAAUGAACUUGUUUUGGUUUUGGAAAAUUGCCAAAGGAUUGAUCAAAACUCUCACAAAGUUCACAAGACAUAGUCAUGGGAGUUGAUUGCUGUUCUUGUAUUUAUUUAUUUAUUUUUUUUUUUUGACCUUUUGACAUGGAAAAAUUAUAGUGCAAAAUCAAACCAUUAAAGUGUGAGAGUAACGAUUGGGUAAAUUACCGAGAAAAACAUCAUUUACUUUUGCUAUUGAUAUACACGAUGUACUUUUUUUA